ACCGCUCCCCUCAUCUGUAAACAAACAUGGCGGCGGGCGAUGGCGGCCUCCGCGGGCGGCCCUGAGGCUCUGUGAGCGCCGGUGUCCGCCGGGGCUGCGGGCGGGCGGCUCCGCCUGCUCCUCGGGCAGGGGCUGCGGCGAGGGGGAUCGGGACUGGCGGCACACAUGGAUGACAGCAAGGUGGUUGGAGGCAAGGUAAAGAAACCAGGCAAACGAGGUCGUAAACCAGCCAAAAUAGACUUGAAGGCAAAACUUGAAAGAAGUCGUCAGAGCGCAAGAGAGUGCAGAGCCAGGAAGAAGCUGAGGUACCAGUACCUGGAAGAGCUGGUUUCAAGCAGAGAGCGAGCCAUCUGUGCUCUCAGAGAAGAGCUUGAAAUGUACAAGCAGUGGUGCAUGGCCAUGGACCAAGGGAAAAUCCCCUCGGAAAUAAAAGCCCUGCUAACUGGAGAGGAGCAAGGCAAAGCACAGCAGAACUCAACCAAACUUGCCAAGGCUGCAAAGACAGAGGCAAACAGCAGCAAUCCCUGAGGCCGAUGGAGAACCUUCCACAGUGCAGCAGAGGUGGCUUGGGAGCUGGCAGGAGGAAGAUGCUGUUCUGAAGACUGGAUGCAUCCCCAGGUGCAGGGGAAAGGAUCCCAGUCUAUUCUCUUCUCUUUGCUCCUCCCCACAUGAAAUUCUUUGAUUAUGGUGUUCCUAAGGCUUUGUGGGUGGGGCUUUUGGAGCAGCAGGUGUUGGUGUAAGUGGAGCCUUGUUCUUCCUUACACUGCCCUCCCCAAAUACAGCAAUGGCAGCUUUGGGGCAUUCCCAGCACAAGAGUGGAGCUGCUUUUACAUCAGAGCCCAGAAUUAGUCUGGCUUUGUGUUUGGUUGUUAUGUGGUUUUUAACUGCUGUGGGAGUGUGGGAGGUUCUGUAAAAGAAAACCAAGAGAAGGGUCGUGUAACAGCUUUGCUAAAGCCAAACCCAGUAUUGAAGGUUGAGGAGAAGGAGCUGGAUCAAAAUGUUUCAGGAAGAUUUUUAGCAAUGUCAUUUGUAACCUAAAUGCAGGUGUUGCUCUUGUCAUCCAUCUUUAAUGCAGCAUGUCUUUUGUGUGACUGGGAUUUUUAAAGAGGUGCUAGAUACAUUUCCUGCUUGUCCUGGUUUAGGACAAAUUUGGGAGGAAGCUUCCAAACAGGUCUCUCUAGAAAGUAGAUUCAAGCAGCCCCUCCCCCAACUGGUUUGGGAAAAGAUUUCCUUGGAGAAAAGUGGAAAAAUUCUGUUUAUUUAACAAGGAAAUUAUUCACAAGCAUAAAAAAUGAAUACUAUUAAACAAUAAAACCUCUUGCUGUUCUGAAGAGAUGGCAAAUUCAGAAGGUCCUUUUCAUGAGGUGUGGCUCGGCUCCCUCAGUCUCUUCUCCUCCUGCACUAGAAAAUGCUCCAUCCUGGUGGGCUACAGGUGUGAGCUCCUGAUGUUUUUCUGGGUUUUCAGUCCAGAGCAGGACCAGUGAGUUCCAAGAAAAAGAAACACCACAAUCUGGGGAACUUCUCUGCCUCAGCUAGCUAAAAAAGCUGACUAAAGGCAAAGGAGAGCUCUGUCCUGCUGCCCAUGCUGCAGACAACACAGUCCGUGCGAGACAAUGCAGGGGAGCAAGUGCAGUUUCUGCAAACAAACUGCACUUCUUCUCCUGCCCUUUGCUCUCAGAACCAGUCUUAAAGGUGCAGAACUCAAUAUCCAGCAUAAACAGAACAGACUACAAGCAUCACAAAGUCACCCUAGGGCAUGAAUUCUGCCCAUCCUUUUCUAGCGGGUGCAUUUUCCACCUGCUGUGCUCCUGGGGAGCUGGUCAAGGCAUGUCCCUGCAGCCUGCUUCCAACAAGGGAACAGCUGCCAUUCCCUCUCACCCACUGUGCCCUGAUACCUUUCCAUAGCUACCUACAUUUUGGGCCCUAGUACCUCUCUGGACAGCAACUUAAUGUGAAUUCUGCUAUGCUGUCCUGGUUUCCCAGCCAGAGAUAAUGCCAGGAACUGGUAGCAAGGAAAGCAAGUUGAAUCAGUUUGGUUUUGUAGUAAGAAAGGUGAUGGCAAAACUCUUGUGGGCUGAUGACCAAGACAUGUACUCACCCCAGUUAUUGACAGAUCACCUGCCACUUUCCUCAGACUGCUCUUUCUCCUGGAUAUACUUUUUGUAUUCAUGUGAUGCAAUGUGGAGAGUGGAGCUCCUGGGAUUUUCAGAGGGUGUUUGGCUUGCUUAUUCUGUUUUGUUUAUGACAGUGUCUUUCUCUGUAUUUUAUGAAAUGCAUGGAACGUUUUUAAUCUUGUAUUUUUAGCAUUGUUUCAUAGAAUAAAUAUUAUAAUGAAUGAC